GCUAUGAGGAAGGCUGGUGUUGCCCAUAAUAAAUCCAGCAAAGAUAUGGAGAGUCAUGUGUUUAUGAAGGCCAAAACAAGGGAGGAAUAUCUUUCUCUUGUGGCCAGGCUUAUUAUCCAUUUUCGAGAUAUUCACAAUAAGAAAUCUCAAGCCUCAGUCAGUGAUCCGAUGAAUGCCCUGCAGAAUCUAACUGGGGGUCCCCCAGCAGGGGCACCUGGAAUGGGCAUGGCUGCUCGAGCUCAAGGAGCACCGAUGAGUGGGAUGAGUGGCCUUGGUCCAAUGGGACAACAGAUGAGUCUCCCAGGGCAGCAGCAGCCACCUCCAGGAACCUCGGGAAUGGCUCCUCACGGUAUACCUGGUGUCUCUACAGCUACUCAGCCGACCCAACUUCAGCUUCAGCAGAUAGCUCAGCAGCAACAGCAGCAGCAGCAGCAAUUCCAGCAGCAGCAGGUGGCUUUGCAGCAGCAGCAAUUCCAGGCCCAGCAGUCAGCCAUGCAACAACAGUUUCAGGUCCAGCAGCAGCAGGCAGCAGCAGCUGCAGCAGCCCAGCAGCAGCAGCAACAACAGCAGUUGCAAGCCGUCCAGCAGCAGCAACAGCACAUGCUGAAACUGCAGAUGCAGCAGCAGCAAAACCAACAGCAGCAGCAACAGCAGCAGCAGCAACUACAGCGACUUGCCCAAAUGCAGCAGCUGCAGGCAGCACAGGCUAUGCAGGCACAACAGCAACAACAGCAGCAGCAGCAGCAACAGCAGCAACAAAUACCACAGCAACAGAUACAGCAGCAGCCACCUCAACAAGUAAUGCAACAGCAGAUGCAACAGAUACAGCAGCAGCAACAGCAGCAGCAGCAACAACAACAACAGCAACAACAACAACAACAGGUUGCUCAGGCACAACAGUCUCAGCUUCCACCACAAUCCCAGCCUCAACCCCAGCCCAUGGUGUCUCAGCCACAGGCAAUCUCAGGACAAAUUCCUAGUCAGGUUAUGCCUGUUACUCUUACUCCACAGCAAUUAAAAGCAAUGCAGCUGGUCCAGCAGCAGCAGGCAGCAGCAGCAGUGCAAGCAGCUCAGGCCCAGGCUGCUCAGAUGGGAGCUUCAGGGCAGAUGAUCACCGCACCUAUGGCCCGAGGUGGGAUGCAAAUAAGACCACGGUUCCCGCCUACCACCGCUGUGUCUGCUACACCGCCAAGCUCCAUUCCUUUGGGCGGACAGCAAAUGCCACAGGUCAGCCAGAACAAUAUUACCAUGAUGUCAUCCCCAUCUCCCGUCCAACAAGCUCAAACACCCCAGUCAAUGCCUCCGCCACCACAGCCACAGCCAUCUCCCCAGCCAGGCCAGCCAAAUUCUCAGCCAAAUUCAAAUGUCAGUUCUGGCCCAGCUCCAUCACCCAGCAGCUUUCUCCCCAGUCCAUCUCCACAACCAUCCCAGAGCCCAGCAGCUGCACGAACACCUCAGAACUUUAGUGUCCCAUCCCCAGGUCCUUUAAACACUCCAGGAAAUCCAAAUUCUGUCAUGAGUCCAGCUAGUUCUAGCCAGUCAGAGGAGCAACAGUAUCUGGAGAAACUCAAACAGCUAUCAAAAUACAUUGAGCCACUCCGGAGGAUGAUCAAUAAAAUAGAUAAAAAUGAAGAUAGGAAGAAGGACCUGAGUAAAAUGAAGAGUCUCUUGGAUAUCCUGACUGACCCGUCAAAACGGUGCCCUCUGAAGACACUGCAGAAAUGUGAAAUUGCUCUGGAGAAGCUGAAAAAUGAUAUGGCUGUGCCUACUCCACCACCUCCCCCAGUGCCCCCCACCAAACAGCAGUACUUGUGUCAGCCACUGUUGGAUGCUGUUUUGGCCAACAUCCGUUCACCAGUCUUCAACCAUUCCCUGUACCGUACAUUUAUGCCAGCUAUGACUGCAAUUCACGGACCACCGAUCAC